AUAUGGACUAAACUGGGCCGAAUUGGGCUGGGGUUCCGAUAUAUUUGUUCCACAAGAACAAAGCAGAAGAAACACAAAGAAAGCAAAACCUGUAACUGGAUCAAAAAUGGCCGAAACAAAGUAAAAGAAGGAAAAAGACGGAAUGGCAGAAUCAGUGAUAGGUACAGUUUCUCAGUCAUCUCUUAUAGUUCUAGACUCUUCCAAGUUUGGAUUCCGUACAUGUGCAACUCCAUCAACAAUCAUACGCCUUCACCAAUCAUCCAUAGAGAACCGCAGAUUUUUAGUUUCUUCUGCAGAUACUAAGCACUUGAAGCCAAUCUCCGCUGUCUCUUCCGAUUUCAAAGCGUCUAGUCUCGUUACGGAUAACGUUGACUUGUCAUCUGAAGGGAUUGAGAUUGAACCGGUCACUGGAGGCGGCGGCGACGGUUACGGUGACUCAGGCGGUAGUGGCGGAGGCGGUGGAGGAGGAGGUGGUGCUGGUGGUGGUGAUAGGAAGGACAAAGGAGAGGGAGAGAACGGCGGUGAGAGAAAGAAGAAGAUGGCAUUGUCGAUGUCACAGAAACUAACUCUUGGCUAUGCUGCUCUGGUUGGAAUGGGUGGUGCUAUGGGCUAUUUGAAGAGUGGUAGCCAGAAGUCUCUUUUGGCAGGAGGACUGUCUGCUUCAGUACUGUAUUAUGUUUAUACACAGCUUCCUACUAAUCCAGUAUAUGCAUCAUCUAUAGGGCUUGGUGUGUCUUCUGUACUAUUGGGAGUGAUGGGCUCUCGUUUCUUGAGGUCAAAGAAGGUAUUCCCUGCAGGUGUUGUGUCUCUCGUCUCGCUGGUGAUGACUGGUGGCUACAUUCAUGGCGUCCUGCGUAGUAUGCACUAAAAUCUGCUGAAUGUAAUAGCGGAACAUAGGCUCCCAUUCGAAAAGUUAAUAAUUAGGCGAAAUCCUUGGCCAUCCCCUGUGUAGCUGAUGUCAGUGUCACUUUGUUUUUACUCCUGUCAUGGCAUGUAAAAAUUGUGUUUAGAAAUGUGGAGCUUCAGGACUUGAGUCUUUCUUUUCUGUUUUUUAAUGGAUGUAUCGUGCUGCUAUUCUCUCAAGGUAAACUUACUCUUUCUAUAUUGGAGAGACUUAAUCCAUAUCCCUCAUGUUAUAGGUUGUUA